UUUUUUCUUAGCAAGAUACUAGGAGUUUUCUUUAUUCCUAUGGCAAGUAGGACCCUUCGUAGAGACUGUUUUGGUUGGUGGCGGCGGGUCUUCGAGGGACAGUUUUUGGUCAGAGAAGCGUUUCAAUAUGUCUUCAAUGAGUGUCCCCGUCAUCGAUGUGCAGAACAAUAAUUUUAAAGAGCUCUGGCCAGCCCUAACUUUGGCCAUAAAGACUUCAACCUUUAUAGCAGUUGACACGGAGUUAAGUGGCUUGGGGUCAAGGAAGGCACUUCUAGCACAAUCCGUUGAAGAUCGAUACAAAGCAAUAUGCCAAGCUGCCCGAACACGCUCAGUUUUAUCCUUGGGAAUCGCUUGUUAUAAAAAGCUCUCUGACAAGGCACCUCAUACAUACCUGGUACAAAUUUAUAACUUGACCCUGCUGUGUAUGGAAGACUAUGUCAUUGAACCUCAGUCAGUGCAGUUCUUGGUACAACAUGGCUUUGACUUCAAUAAACAAUACUCUCAAGGCAUUCCUUAUCACAAGGGGAAUGACAAGGGAGGAGAUUUGCAGAACCACACCAUAAGAGCCCUAUUUUUAGAGGUGAUUCGAACCCGCAAGCCCCUGAUUCUUCACAAUGGCUUAAUCGAUCUAGUUUUCCUCUACCAGUGCUUUUAUGCUCAUCUGCCUGAACAUUUGGGCACUUUCACUGCAGAUCUUUCAGAGAUAUUUCCUGCUGGAGUGUUUGACACAAAAUAUGCAUCAGAAUUUGAGAUGCGGUUCACUGCUUCCUACCUGGAGUAUGUCUACAAAAAAUGCAAGCGAGAAAACUGCAAAUUAGCAAGUUUGGGUGGAUCCAAGCCAUACCUGUCUCUGGAGUUCUGCAGUUACACUGAGAGACAGCUGUCUUAUGUUGACUUUCGACACUGCACUGAGGAGCACGAGGAGAAUAAAAAGGGAGAGGGGGCAUCACCUGCUGUCUGUCCAAGAUUCUCGGCCUAUGGGUGGUGUCCCAGUGGAGUGGCUUGCAGCUUAUCGCAUAACACAGACUUGAUUAUUGAAGAAGAUGAAAAGAAUAUGGAAGUCAGGAGGAAGAAAAAGAAGAAAAAGUGGAAACGUAAAGGCACGUGCAGCGAGUGUCCUGAUGUGUUGGAAGGUGCUCCACCAUUUAAACAGGUCUGUGUUUUGGACCCUGAACCAGUGAACGAGGCCAAGCAAGCUGAGAAUGGUCAGCCUGGAGAGGAGCCAAUGAAGGAGCAAAAUGUUAACAUGGAGGAACCUGCUGAAGAAGAACCGCCACACGAGGCUGAAGGUCAGACAGUUUCGAAAACCAGUCAUGAAGGAAAGGCCAAAACAGCAGAAAAAAUCCAGAGCAUCACAAACAAACAAAGUGAGAGCGGGACACACCGAGCUGGAUUUGAUGCUUUUAUGACAGGCUACAUCUUUGCUUACAUGGUCAGCAUACAGGAGGGAGCAGAGUUGGACACCAAAGUCGAGGACUGCUUACCUGACUGCUUGAACAAACUGUAUCUCAGUGGCAAAUCUGUGCCUCUGCAGAUCGUCAAGAGCACGUACUCCAAUUCUUCAAAAGCUCAUACUCAGAAAAUCAAACUCGUCUGGAGCUGACAGUCGGGCUCCUAUGGUAAACUUUCCGUAUUAUUGAACCAUCUGUUUGCCCACUAAAAUGAUGGAAUGUUAUGUUAUUCAUUACGUAUUUUUGCCAUGGAAAUAAAAUGUUUAACAACA